CGCACACUUCCUGCAGAGGGACACACAAACAACAUCAAACAAACCCUCACGGAGAUUGAAAUCAUUGUUUUGCCGUUCCACUUACAGACACAUACACAAAAGCACAACCAUCAUGUCGAUGUCAGCGGCGCAGGCGAGGACAACUCUUAAAGAGGUAAUGCAAUACGCUGAGGAAGGCAUCCACUACGAUGACGACGGGGAGCUUGAACUACUAACGGAGAGAGUGCCCAGCUACUUCGAAGUCAGAGUGAACAUUCGUGCAAGCAUCGCUGCGAACGGAGAGGAGUCGCUCAGAGCACGGAUGCUAUUGGCACGGUUCACAGAGGCGCGUGAUUUGCGUGUAGAYRACARUGCUGAUACCGGUGCAUACAGCUUGAGAAAAGUGGCUGGUUGGAUGUGCACAGAAGGGAUGUCUGCUGAAGGGGACGUGGAUAUGACAAAGCAGCAACAGGGCGGAACAUACACAGCAGCUGAUUUCAAGAAGAUGCUCAUGACACAGGCGAGGAAAUGGGGAAUGCUUAUUGAAGAUUCUAACGAUGAGCUGAAGAGCGGUGCAGCAAAAAUUUUGUUGCUGUCGCGUUUGAAGGACAUACCGCAAGCUCCCCCGCAAGACUUCCAAGAUCUUCCAGUCAUUAUUGCAAACGGGGUGGAGUAUGUUUUACUCGACCAGCUGGUGGAUUUCAUGCAAAAGAGUCCUCAGGAUCGGAAUGUUAUACAUGAGGCAUUGCAUGAUGUGACGGAGCAAGCACUGGCGAGCAAGGACCUCGUUAACUACAAGUCCCCAAAGGAGGCAUCCCAUGACGGCAUGAUGGUAACAACGGAGCGGUUCGGUGAGAUAACAGUGCACCCUUUCGUCAUGAACUAUAUACAGGACUAUCCUGAAAGGUGUGCCCUUGCAACUGUGAAAUUCGGUGUUUGUCCAACAUGCACAGUGCCCAAAGACGAUUUGAAUGUCAUCGCCGAUUUCACCAACUGCAAGAGAUCGCAGACGCUAGAGACGCAACUUGCCGCGGACUGCUUCAACAGUGGGGACAACGACAUUCGUCGUGCUGCUGAGGCACAAAUGUCAGAAUUGGACAUGCAUAAGCAUGUUCAAGAGAACGGCCUAUGGGGAUUCUACAGGGGUCCGCAUGGUGACGAUCCUGAACUAGAUUACCAUCUCGCUUUGCAACCAGACCGAGGCAAUCGAUCGACGGGUAUGGCUGCAGAGGCUGGAAAGAGACCCAAGAGGGUGGACGAGGAACACUUGUUCCCGUUCACGUGGAAAUAAAAAAGACACGCCAUAUCGAUAAGAAAACGGGACGCAUUGCGAUUGGGUGUCAAGCAGUGGCUGAACGAUAAUGUGAUCGAUAUGUACUUACAGUCCGUCUAUGACGAACAUUUUUCAGACGGAGAUAAUAUGACACUUCAUGUUUGCACAUCUUUCUGGCACCCCGCAGUCAUCGCCAAUCAGAAGGUUUAUGUCGUGAAAGCGGGAUGGCAGGGGCGGAUCAAGAGUACAUCGCCAAAGCUGCGUCGAAUAAGCAAUGAACUGCGAACAACAAG